CUUAAUUCUCUUUCUUUCUUUCCUCAACUCUUUUAAACUCUGUCCUCUCUUUCUCUUUUUAAUCACUUCCUCUUUUUUAUUUUUGCUCUAUUACUUUCCAGACAUAAAUCUUCGGAAAAAACAAUGGAACAACUAACAUGCACCGGCGAGUUUGACCAGCAACAGACACAGCGCCUAACUGAUGCAACCACUUCAUCACUCGCAAUAGAUAAAUCCUCAAGUAUAUCAUACGAGCCAAACACACCUGUGAGUACCAGCGCUGAUACUCCUCCUUUAAGCGCCUCUGAAUCAGAUCCAGAAGAAGAACCAGCAGCUUCACCUUCAACUCAAACUGACCCAAGUUCAGGAUCGCAGCUUGUGAGCGUUGUUGGAGAUAGAUCUGUCCGGUCAGAUAUUCCUCUUCACGUACUUCAACAGCUCUAUUUGCCUGAUAUAGCCAACAGAUAUCACAGGCUCAAUGCAGACAACACCCUAUCGUUCCCACACACCCCUUCUUUUCCCGCUGUCAAGGCAUUACCAAGCCAUGAACGGAAACGAAUUUUGGUCACCGGCGGUGCUGGAUUCGUAGGCUCGCAUCUUGUUGACCGGCUGAUGCUCAUGGGCCAUGAAGUCAUUGUACUUGACAACUUUUUCACUGGAAGCAAGCGAAAUGUUCAACAUUGGAUGGGACACCCACAUUUCGAACUCAUUCGACACGACGUGGUUGAUCCAUUCAUGAUUGAGGUUGAUCAGAUCUAUCACCUUGCAUGUCCAGCCUCACCACCACACUAUCAGUAUAACCCCAUCAAGACAGUCAAGACCUCGGUCAUGGGCACGAUCAAUAUGUUAGGGCUCGCUAAGCGCACAAAAGCUCGUUUCCUCUUGACAUCAACAUCUGAGGUGUAUGGAGAUCCAGAAGAGCAUCCCCAAAAAGAGACAUAUUGGGGUCAUGUUAAUCCGAUAGGGCCUCGGGCGUGCUAUGACGAGGGCAAACGUGUCGCAGAAACAUUGACGUAUUCGUACAUGCAUCAGGACGAUGUCGACGUUCGAGUAGCACGAAUCUUCAACACAUUUGGGCCAAGAAUGAAUGAAAACGACGGUCGUGUAGUCAGUAACUUUAUCAUGCAGGCAUUGAGGGGCGACGAAUUGACAAUCUAUGGUGAUGGACAACAGACACGAUCCUUCCAAUACAUUCAUGAUCUAGUUGAUGGUUUAAUCCUGCUCAUGAACAAAAAUUACAAGGAGCCUGUUAAUCUUGGCAAUCCUGAAGAAUAUACCAUUCGUGAAUUUGCAGAGAUGAUCCGUGGUGAGAUCAAUACCAAUGUGGAAAUCAUGAGCCUACCACCAACGGAGGAUGAUCCACAGAGGCGACGACCUGAUAUCGGGCGGGCGCAAAGGCAUUUAGGGUGGGCUCCCAAGUUCUCAGUAGGCCAAGGCAUUAGGGAAACAGUUGAAUACUUUAAGAAUACCAAAAUGGAACAAACUUGGUACCCCUCUACUUAGCCCAUUCUCACUUCAUAAUCCCAUAUUACCAUUUUAUCACGCUCCAAGCUCUCAUUAGUAUCGGGCAAAACUAUUUUUGAAAUAUAAUUUCAACGGCG